AUGGGGGAGAAGAAGCUCCUGCUGCUCUUGCUCCUGACGACCAUACUGCGCGGUCAGCGCGCCCAGCAGAUUCCCAGCCCCAGCGAGUACGCAGUGAAGCUGUGCGGCCGCGAGUUCGUCCGCGCCGUCAUUUUUACCUGCGGAGGGUCCCGCUGGAAGAGGGUCUCCUUGCAACAGCAGCAGGGAGCGGCGCAGCAGCAGCCACCGCUCCCUGGCGCCGAUUUUGUACAAAGUGACAAAGGACUGGAGGAUAUCAAGUUGCAAUCAGACUUGGAUCCUAAAUUGGAGCAACUACGAAGUGUCAGUCAACCAGCUGGACAGCAGUCACUGAAAGAUUUGUUUAAUUUAUAUGAGGAUUAUAAUGAAUAUGUUCCUACCUCUGAUAACUUCAAUGAAUACAUACGUCAAUUAGAGGAUGCCUCCCACAAAAGUGCAGGUGAAACUGGGUUGGCCAUGGGCUCAAAUAACUUGCCUUGGGUCAAAUACCCUAGAAGAAAGCGUGCAUUCUCUAUGGGAGUGGCUGGAAUAUGCUGUAAAUGGGGAUGUACCAAAACUGAGAUUAGUACAUUAUGCUAAAAAUACAACUAUAACUCUGUAUUUAAUUUUUCAGGAAC